CCUGAGCGACACGCCCACGUCCCGGGGCUGUCACUCAAUUUGUGCAGUGAAACCUAGUACAGGCGUCUCACAUGUGCGGAUCCAACAGCAAGCCUUCUUCUUCUUCUUGGGAAAUAUAGUUCCGCUGAGGCGUAGCGGUGCUCUAUGGACGAAACGGUCACGGAGAAGCUGGAAACAGAGGAUUAAAACGUCCCUGUCGGCUCCGAGCGGAAAUAUGUCUCCCUCUCUCCGUAUGGGAGCGCAUGUUGUGGCUGUGCUCGUGUGGCUGCUCCUGUCAGCAGGCGCGCAGGAAAAGGGCACAUCUGAACUAAGCUGCGGCGAGGGUCUCUCUGACUGCCGCAUGACCAAAGUAUCUUUCAGAGAUGCCCCACCUGAUCCGUAUGGCUCUCUAAAUAUUACACACGUUCAUCUCAAUGCCUCUCACUGCCACUCUGCCUCCUGUGAACCAUGUCUGCAAAUUGAAAUCAGUCUCCAAGUAGGUGCAGACUUCGAAAAGCAGAGUCCUGAUGGAUCAGGUGACGACAGCGAUGAAGAAGCUAUUGUGAAAGUCUGUCUCUCCUUUCCGGGAUCCAUCGAAUUCUGCAGGGCAAUCCAUUUUAAACCAGCCUACAUGGGCGAGUCCUCCAAAUACAAGUUGCGGCUGACAGAGAGAGUGGAUUUUAAGGCUCCUGUUGUGGUCACAGCAGAUUCAAAGGAAACACAAAUGGUCAAAAAUAUCACGUUUCCUUCGGAAAAAGAUGUCUGUCCUUCGAAACUCUUUAAUGAUUCUCAAGGGCGCAACGUGCCUAGGCUCCAUAUAUAUUACACAGAAAACUUGGUCUGGCUGCAGCUGAAAAAUAUUCCUUCCAAACAAGGGAAGAUCUAUUGGGAAAUGGAAUGGGAUGACAUAUCUGGACAGCCUCUUUUGUGGCCUACCAACAAGAGUGAAAUAGUUAUCCCAUCAUAUCUCAUUGCACCAUGCCUAUGCUUCCUGGCAUGGUUUGAUGGUAAAGACACGAAAGGGAAGUACUGUCCUUUCACAAAUAAAACAGACGCUCUGAGAAGAAUGCAGAACAACGUGUCUGUAACUAUGGCGGAGUCUCCGUUAAGGAGUGGGGACACGGGCCUGAGCUGGAAUGCAACCUCUCCCUGUAAAGUGCAGGCAGAGGUGCAAUUGUGCAAGAAAGACAUGGCAGGGGGCCAGUGUGAAGAAGUGACGGGCUCCAAACAGCAACUCAAUGAAACUGGUUGGAAGGCGGUGCACAGAGUACACUGGCAAGCAGGGGAGUUCUUGCUACAGCCACACCCUCAGCUUUGUGUGCAGGUUAAAUCUGAAGGGAUGGUCUCGUUCUCAAAGCCCCAGUGUCCAUUUGAAACACAUCGAGAGAGAUGGAUUCUUCUGCUUCUCGUCGGAUUUAUCCUGAUAUGUCUGACUAUACUUGGAGUCUAUUUGAUACAAGGCGUUCUGAAAGGAUAUGUUUGGAGAUGGUUGAAGGAUGUUGACGUCAAAGGUGCUGUGGGUGGCGGUCAUGUGAUGCUGCUAUAUCCGCCUGAUGAUGACAAGCGUCUGCCAGAGCUCCUAUGUCACUUGGGUUCAUCUCUUCAGGCCCUGGGCUUCACCGUGUCUCUUGACCUCUGGAGCCAGGGCGAACUCAGCGUGCUCGGCCCCGUGCCGUGGCUCCACUCGCGACUGGACCGUCUGAAGCGGCAGGGCGGUAAGGUGGUGCUAGUCUUAACCCAGACCACGUGGGCCAGAGCAGAGGAAUGGGGAGCAUGCAGCUGCGAGAACAAUGAAGAGAACAUCACAGGGGUGCAGGGGGACUCUGCCUCGUCCCGCCACGUGGAUGUUUUUGGCGCCUCGCUGAGCUGCAUUCUUGCAGACUAUUUACAGGGCCGCGCAGGCGAGCGCUUCAUGCUGGUGCAGUUUGAGUCACUCCCUCCUGCGCCUCCAGGUGGCUACCGGCCGCUUCCACGGCUUUUUUGCGGACUCCAUCUCUACAGCCUUCCUUCCCAAAGUCUGGGCUUUCUGACUGAGCUGGCGGGCUCCAAACAAAUCGCCUCAGCAUCAGCACGACGGAAAAGAGCAGGGGGGCUUCGAAUGGCAUCCAGAGCGUUUGCCAAAAGGCUGUCGGGGUUCACAGCGGGGACAAAUGUGUUGCACCUUGCUGGUGUAUCUCCAGGCUGUGUUGGGCGGGAAGAGGAAGACUCUGGGGAAAUUCUACUCUUAGAACCAAAUUUAAUCACACCACCGUCCAGUCCUGAUACAGCGGUCGGUAAAAUGGAUUGGGUCUGACAACUAGAGAGGAUCGUAAAGGACAAGUUAUGGGAGGCUCCAGUGAACAAAUAUACCUCAAUUGAUGCACAAAGA